AUGCUCGGAAAGAAUAUUUCACAUAAGAGCUCAACUGAAGUUUUGGAUAAUCAGGAGGAUGCCGAUAUCGAAGUUUUUGAAUCAGAAUAUCGUACAUAUAGAGAAUCCGAGGCGACAGAAAACAGAGGGGGACUUCUGAAUGAUGAUGAGCAAAAUUGGAAGGUUAAUAAUAGUAAGCAGAAGUUUGAGAUAACAAAAAACGAGCUACCAGAUGUCUUGUACGAUUCUAUUCCAGCGUAUGAGGAAAGCACAGUUACUUUAAAGGAAUACUACGAUCAUUCCAUCAAAAAUAACCUAACCGUGAAAUCAGCGGGGAGCUAUUUCAUCUCUCUUUUUCCCAUUAUAAAAUGGUUCCCUCACUAUAACUUUGCAUGGGGCUAUGCAGAUUUGGUUGCAGGAAUCACAGUUGGGUGUGUGCUUGUACCCCAAUCUAUGUCAUAUGCACAAAUAGCAAGUUUAUCUCCUGAAUAUGGUUUAUACUCCUCUUUUAUUGGUGCUUUUAUAUACUCUUUGUUUGCGACAUCGAAAGACGUUUGUAUUGGCCCAGUCGCUGUUAUGUCGCUACAAACAGCCAAAGUCAUUGCUGAGGUUUUGAAAAAAUAUCCCGAGGAUCAGACGGAAGUUACGGCUCCUAUCAUUGCAACUACACUUUGUUUGCUUUGUGGGGUUGUCGCAACUGGAUUGGGUAUACUGCGCUUGGGCUUUUUGGUGGAACUGAUUUCUCUAAAUGCCGUUGCUGGUUUCAUGACAGGUUCCGCAUUCAAUAUUAUUUGGGGCCAGGUUCCUGCUCUUAUGGGAUACAACUCAUUGGUGAAUACUAGAGAAGCAACGUAUAAGGUUGUAAUUAACUCCCUAAAACACUUACCAAACACAAAGUUAGACGCUGUUUUUGGUUUGAUUCCGUUGGUGAUCCUAUAUGUAUGGAAAUGGUGGUGCGGGACAUUUGGUAUAACUUUGGCAGACAGAUAUUAUCGAAAUCAACCAAAGGUGGCAAAUAGACUGAAAUCCUUCUAUUUCUACGCACAAGCUAUGAGAAACGCCGUCGUUAUAAUUGUUUUCACUGCCAUAUCGUGGAGUAUAACAAGGAACAAGUCCUCAAGCGAGCGUCCUAUCAGUAUUUUAGGGACAGUUCCCUCGGGUUUAAACGAGGUGGGAGUUAUGAAAAUCCCAGAAGGUUUGCUAUCUAAUAUGAGUUCAGAGAUACCUGCUUCAAUUAUUGUUCUGGUGUUAGAACACAUCGCUAUUUCAAAGUCCUUUGGUAGAAUUAACGACUAUAAAGUCGUCCCUGACCAAGAACUUAUUGCGAUUGGUGUGACAAACUUGAUAGGAACAUUUUUCCACUCAUACCCAGCAACAGGGUCAUUUUCCAGAUCUGCUUUGAAAGCAAAAUGUAAUGUGCGCACCCCAUUUUCUGGGGUAUUCACAGGAGGUUGUGUUUUAUUAGCACUUUAUUGCUUAACUGACGCUUUCUUUUUCAUUCCCAAAGCGACAUUAUCAGCGGUUAUUAUUCAUGCUGUUUCUGACCUACUAGCCUCAUACAAAACCACCUGGACCUUUUGGAAGACCAACCCGUUAGAUUGCAUUUCAUUCAUCGUCACGGUAUUCAUUACAGUGUUUUCAUCUAUUGAAAACGGUAUAUAUUUCGCAAUGUGUUGGUCAUGCGCAAUGUUACUAUUGAAACAGGCAUUCCCUGCCGGCAAAUUCCUUGGCCGUGUUGAGGUGGCAGAAGUAUUAAAUCCAACAGUACAAAACGGCGUUGACGCUGUGAUAUCAUCUAAUGAAUUACCUAAUGAACUGAGUAAACAAGGGAAGUCUACCUUUGAGGUUUUACCAGCUCCUGAGUAUAAAUUUAGUGUAAAGUGGGUUCCAUUUGAUCAUGGAUACUCACGAGAAUUGAACCGCAACACCACAGUUCGCCCGCCACCACCGGGUGUCAUAGUUUAUCGUUUGGGUGAUAGUUUUACUUACGUAAACUGUUCGAGGCAUUAUGACAUUAUAUUUGAUCGCAUUAAGGAAGAAACAAGGCGGGGCCAACUUGUAAGCUUAAGGAAAAAGUCCGACCGACCAUGGAAUGAUCCUGGUGAGUGGAAAAUGCCACAUUCUCUCAAAGCGCUAUUUAAGUUUAAACGUCAUUCAGCAACGACAGAUAAUGAGCUACCGAUUUCAAAUGGCAGCAGUAACGGAGAAUCAUAUGAAAAGCCUCUACUGAAAGUUGUCUGCCUAGAUUUUUCCCAAGUUGCCCAAGUAGAUUCAACAGCUGUUCAAAGUCUUGUUGACCUGAGAAAGGCUGUAAAUAGGUAUGCAGAUAGACAAGUCGAAUUUCAUUUUGCCGGAAUUAUAUCACCAUGGAUUAAAAGAAGUCUAUUGAGUGUUAAAUUCGGAACUACAAAUGAGGAGUUCAGUGACGACUCUAUUAUCGCUGGCCAUUCUAGUUUUCACGUUGCAAAAGUUUUAAAGGAUGAUGUGGAUUAUACUGAUGAAGACAGCCGUAUAAGCACUUCUUACAGUAACUAUGAAACAUUAUGUGCUGCGACUGGGACAAAUUUACCGUUUUUUCAUAUCGAUAUACCCGAUUUUUCUAGGUGGGAUGUAUAG